AUGGCUCGUCAUCAAUCAAGCUCUCCUACACCUAUAUUUGAGACUGUGCAAACUUUAGCUAAAGGUACAGAGAGACUGGUAUAUGAAGUUAUACUUUUGAGUAUUGAGAAUCGUAUGCUUCGAAGAGCAAAUGAGGUAUUAAGUAAACGUCGAUGUGCUAAAAAAAUUCAACUACGUAAUGGAGGAGUACUUACUGGACAAGAAGCUGAAGAUAUAUUAUCACAAUAA